CAAAGUUACAUGGUUACGUGCGGAGUGGGAGAACACAAGAACAAAUCGCACAAUCAUUUCCAAUUCCAAUUCAAUCAAUGGCAACCCUUUCUGAACACGCUUCACCACCAUGGCCAAACCCAAACCCUAAUCCCAAUUCAACCACCAACCCUAAUUUCCUCCCCGAACAAUCUCAAACCCUCGACUUCGAUUCCCUCAUGCCUCCCCCACCGCCUCACCACGACUCGCCGGAGUUUUCCCCUGCUCCACUUCCACCGCUCCCGUCGCUGCUCCACUUAUCCUUUAACCAGGACCAGGCCUGCUUCGCCGCCGCCGCAGACAACGGCUUCCGCAUCUACAAUUGCGACCCGUACCGGGAGCUUUUCCGCCGCGAGUUCGACGGCGGAGGGAUCGGCCACGUCGAGAUGCUCUUCCGCUGCAACAUACUGGCUCUCGUUGGUGGUGGGUCCCACCCUCAGUACCCUCCCAACAAGGUCAUGAUCUGGGAUGACCACCAGGGAAGGUGCAUUGGGGAGCUUUCGUUCCGCGCUGCCGUUCGCGGCGUUCGGCUCCGCCGUGAUAGGAUAAUUGUAGUCGUGGAGCAGAAGAUAUUCGUGUAUAACUUCGCCGACCUUAAGCUGAUGCACCAGAUUGAUACUAUUCCGAACCCGAAAGGGCUAUGUGCUGUUUCGCACCAGUCAGAUUCUCUGGUUCUCGCGUGCCCUGGUUUGCAUAAGGGUCAGAUUCGAGUUGAGCACUAUGCGCAGAAGAAGACCAAGUUCAUCUCUGCCCAUGAUUCGAGAAUAGCUUGUUUCGCUCUCACGCUUGAUGGACAGUUGAUCGCCACUGCCAGCUCCAAGGGUACGCUGGUUCGGAUUUAUGAUACGGAUCAUGGCACGCUUCUUCAGGAAGUAAGAAGGGGUGCAAAUGCAGCUGAGAUCUUCAGUUUGGCGUUCUCUUCUUGUGCUCAGUGGUUAGCAGUCUCAAGUGACAAGGGAACUGUACAUGUUUUCAGCCUUAAGGUUAAUUCCAGUGUCCCUGCUGAGCAUGGAAAGUCACAAAGUUCAUCAAAUUCAGACCCCACUGCUGCCCCAUCUAGCUCAUCUCGCUCCUUCAUUAAAUUUAAAGGAGUGUUGCCCAAGUAUUUCAGUUCAGAGUGGUCAGUUGCUCAGUUUCACUUACAAGAGGGCACUCAUUACACUGUUGCCUUUGGUCUCCAAAAGAAUACUGUCAUAAUUCUCGGCAUGGAUGGAAGCUAUUACCGAUGCCAGUUUGAUCCAGCGCAUGGAGGGGAGAUGGCUCAGCUGGAAUAUCACAACUUUUUAAAGCCAGAAACAGAAACAGAAACAGCCUUAUGAGAUGAAAUCUUGUAGUGUUUGGAAUUUAGAUGCACCUUGUAAUUGUAAUAGAUGGAGAGUGGAGUGAAGUAACGCUGACCCCUUUAUUUUCCUUUAUCAUAUACUCGGGUCGACCUUGUUGCUUCUAAUGUAAUAUUGUAAGUAUAUAGUUUACUAAUUUCUUUCAAUGAUAAAUAUUGAGAGCAGUGGCAAAGCAUGCAAUCUAAGGAUGGCCAUAGAUUGCCUCCCCGAUGGGACAAUCUGAAACUAAUUUUUAAUGACACUUCGACAUGUUUGGGGUUGUUUUUAGUA